AUGUCCGGCGCCCUCCAUGAUCGUCGCCUCGCGUCACUGCAUUUGCCUGACAAGACCGACAGUGUGCCUGCCUGCCGCCUGCUCCUGCUGCUGCUCUCAAACUGCAUGCAAACAAGCGUGACCCUCCUCCCGGCCGACCUUACGAUCACCAAGAGGAAUGGCACCAAAGAUCGCCCCAGCCGAGCUGCUCGAUCCGAUCUCUGA